AUGUCCCGCCACAUCCUCCUCAUCAACGGCCCCAACCUCAACCUCCUAGGCAAGAGGGAACCCCACAUCUACGGCCACACCUCCCUAGCCGACGUGGAAUCCCAGGCCCAAGCCCAGGCCGCCUCGCUGGGCGCCACCCUCGAGGCCUUCCAGUCCAACCACGAGGGCGCCAUCGUAGACCGCAUCCAGCAGGCCGCGGCGUGGUGGACGCCGCCAGAGGGCCACAGGCAGACCCCUCCCGUCUCGGCCAUCAUCAUCAACCCUGGCGCCUACACCCACACCAGCGUCGCCAUACGAGACGCGCUGUCGGGCGUGGACAUCCCGUUUGUGGAGGUGCACAUCUCCAAUGUCCACGCGCGGGAGGAGUUUCGCCGGCAUAGUUACCUGAGCGACAAGGCGGUGGCGGUGAUUGCUGGGCUUGGUGUGUUUGGGUAUCAGGCUGCGCUGGAGUUUGUGGCCAAGCAUCUGAAGUUGAAG